UGUGGCCUUCCAGGACUGGAGUUCGACACCCCUGGUCUAGACGGAGCAGUCAGGAAGGCGUCUGAACAUGGCCACGCUAUCCUAUGUCCUUAUAGGUAGGUUACUGCCUACCUCGGUCAAGCCUGUGAGGAGAUCCCACGACACGCAUGUGUGAUAAUAACAAUUUAAAGAACGUGCAUACAGUAAGUUAAAAGUGGCGGAAUUGUGCUGUUAUAAAGGAGAUGUUUUAUAGUGUGUGUGUGUGCGCCCACACACACGUGUAGCGUUGCUACUGGGGAUUGAAACUUCAACUCCUAGCAGUGGCUCUUAUUGGUCAUCUGUGAGGGUGCAGGGGUUGUUGGGUACAAGGAGGCCGGCGCGACAUUUAAAAGAUGGCCAGUGAUACCAUAAGAGGAGAAGACUUUUGUGUUUCGUGUCUGGAGUUUCCUGUCAGUGUGCCUUCCGUUCUGAUACCUGUGGAUUCUUGUUUUGCCCGAGAUCUUUGAGGACUGUAUGAGGAUUUGUUGUCGACCUGCGAAGAAAGGAGCGCUCCAGUCUUCAUUUCAUCAGGAAAUACCGAUAGGACUGAUCUUUACAUUCCCAUUCAACGUGCUGAUCUCUGGGCUAUCUGCCCCCAUCAUUGCAUUUCAUCAGUUGCCGUUUUCCAUGGACUUUUAUAUCGUCUUCUCCCACUGGGAAGUCUGCACAGGAAAGGCAGCGGCAACUCAUGGCACGAGGACUACCCAAGCAAAGGCCCAUACCAGGGGUCAAGCAGAUCAUCGCAGUGGCUUCGGGCAAGGGAGGUGUUGGGAAGUCGACCACAGCAGUGAACCUGGCUCUUGGAUUGGCAGCAGUUUGUAAGAAUUCAACAGUGGGGCUGCUUGAUGCAGAUGUUUAUGGUCCUUCAAUCCCAAAACUGAUGAAUCUUCGUGGAAGCCCAGAAGUGACCACUGAAAACCAAAUGAGACCGUUGAUGAAUUAUGGAAUUUCUUGCAUGUCCAUGGGCUUUCUGAUUGAGGAAUCUGCACCUGUUGUGUGGAGGGGACUCAUGGUGAUGUCUGCAGUGGAGAAGUUAUUGAGACAGGUUGCAUGGGGGAAUCUUGACUAUCUAAUUAUAGACAUGCCUCCUGGCACCGGAGAUGUGCAGUUGUCCAUCACCCAGAGCAUACCUGUUUCUGGCUCCGUGAUCGUGACCACUCCUCAAGAUCUCGCCCUCAUCGACGCUCGCAGAGGAGCAGAAAUGUUCAAGAAGGUAAACGUGCCUGUCUUGGGGCUGGUGCAAAACAUGAGUGUCUUCAGGUGUCCCAAGUGCCACCAUGAAACUCACAUAUUCGGAGAGGAUGGCGCACAGCAGCUGGCUCUGGACUUGGAUGUGGAAAUUUUGGGGGACAUCCCACUGCACCUUAAUAUAAGGGAGAAGUCGGACAAAGGACAACCAGUGGUCGUGUCAGAUCCUGAAAGCCCUGAGGCCAUCGCCUACCUGAGAGUUGCUGCCAGAGUGAUCGAGCGACUGCCGACGCCAACAGACUGAGUGCAGCAAGGACCAGCAGCGUGAGGGGUGCCACCACGCCUGGCGUCUUGUGCGUUGGCACAUCUCUGUGUUCUCUCCUCAGACUCGCCGGAUGCUGGUUUGCGCUCUUCUUCUUUUUCUUGGACUUGUCUCUUGCAACACCCAUCACCAGAAGUGAGGCCGCAGUAAAUAAGGGGAGGGGAGGGGGAUGAAUGAUUUUGAUGGGGUGACUGAGGGCACCCCCUGGACUGAAGAAAUUCACACGCCAAAUUGUGGUGUUUAAACAGCUAAGUCGGAGGAUGUAGGGGUGAGAUGCGUUAAACGCGUUGCGGUAUUUAUGGGUGGAGGCAGAGAGCGGGCCCCCCGUGUAUGGUGCUCUACAUCCGUCGGUCAGACAGCCAUCUUUAUUUUAUCGUUACCGUGGGCUUCGCGAAGCAGACAAGAACGAAUUCAUCUUUUUUAUAUAGUGCCUUUCGCAGUAAAUCGCCAUCAUGAGGCACUUUGAGAAGCAUCCGUUCGUCCAUUGAAGCAGCACAAGAUGAGAAAGCAGGGCCUGCAAACCCACAGCAGUGGCGCACACAUCCAUUGACGUUUAUUUGCAGCAGAGGCAGCGGAAGCAGUCGUCAAAGGGUUAAAAGUACACCAAAACGGGGGGUGUGGUGUGGGAAGAGAGGGCUUGGAGUUUUAUUUGAAUUCUCCGGUCGGUGGGCUAAGCGCAAGCAAAAGUUUAGCUCUUAGGUUAUUUAGUGCCAUUCCUGUGUAACGCGGCACACGGCGGAGCUCUCUGUCUUUGACUCUUACUCUACAAGAUGGCCGGAGUGUGUUUUGAAUAAAUAAGACAGGAUGGAACUUGUGUUGCUCUCUGCUGUGAAACCUCGGUGUGGACCCAAAGAAGCUGCUGUUCAUUUUUCCCCCGAAACCCCACCUUGGCUAAAUGUGGUCGCGUGAAGAAUAAGACGGACUCCUGUGGCAUCGCCCACUCCGGGCCUGUUCGGAAGAAGAGGAUUUCCAGCUUCCCACGCUUUUGAUUGGCUUCAGGUAUUCGUCCAUUGUGGUUUUGUCCGUCCAAUUAUUUUGUAUUGCUUUUAUGAUUCAGCUUGUGGGGGCGGCUGUGUAAGUAAAAGAUGCCCUCUUGUCCCUGCCCACCUCCUCUGUGGCCAGUGUGCAGAGGGCCAGGCGGAGAGAGAGCUUGUUCAGGACAUUCUCUUCCCUGGUAGCCUGGAGCUCAACUCGGCUGGGGCCUUUGGUCACCACCAGGGGAUACCUGGACAUUUGCUGGGCCCUGUUUGGCAGCACUCCCGCUAUACCAGGACGUGCUGCCAGAAGAAGGUCGUUGGACACCUGGCAUCCUUCUGGGUGUCCUAUUAAAGGUGGCCAGUCGGGAGGAAGGAGGGCGAGGACUGGAGGUGGAAGGACUGUGCUGUCAUUGUGGACAUGAUUUGUAUAUUCCAGAGAAGAAUAAAGGUGUGUGUUGUGU